AUGUGCCCUCAAGAGUAUUUUCUUAGGUCUAUCUACAUUCCUUUCAGUGGCCAUAUCAUAACUAAGAUGUCUGAGAGGUAUGCUUUGCUUCAGUAUGAUCAGAAGCUAUACCCAAACAUUUAUGUCCAGUUGCAUUUUGCUGCAACAGUCCCUAUAACUACAGCCAGUGUAGAGUGCACAUUUUCCUCCUUGAAGCAACUCAAAACGUAUUUGUAA